UUCAAUUUUGUGAUUUGUAGGAUGGACAAGAUCAAAUCCCUUCCUGGUGCCAGUCGGUUGAUUAGACAUUUGAAGUGUCAUGGAGUACCUAUGGCAUUGGCUUCCAAUUCUUCAAGGGCAAAUAUUGAAUCCAAAAUUGCUCAUCAUAAAGGUUGGAAGGAAUGCUUCUCGGUUAUUAUUGGUCGCGAUGAAGUUGCCAAAGGAAAGCCUGCUCCUGAUAUUUUUCUUGAAGCAGCUAAAAGAUUGAAUAAAGAUCCAGCUGACUGUUUGGUUAUUGAAGAUUCUGUACCUGGUGUUAUGGCUGGUAAAGCUGCUGGGACUAAAGUGAUUGCUGUUCCUUCUGUGCCUAAACAAACACAUCUUUAUACAUCUGCAGACGAAGUCAUCAAUUCUCUACUCGACAUAAGACCAGAGGAAUGGGGUCUUCCUCCAUUUCAAGACUGGAUAGAGAACACUUUACCAAUUGAUCCAUGGCAUAUUGGAGGUCCAGUUAUCAAAGGAUUUGGCCGUGGCUCUAAAGUACUCGGAAUCCCCACAGCUAACUUGUCAGCAAAGGAUUACGCUAGUGAACUAGUAGAACAUCCUUCGGGAGUGUACUUUGGUUGGGCGGGAUUGCCAACAAGAGGUGUCUACAAAAUGGUCAUGAGCAUUGGUUGGAAUCCUUUUUUCGAUAACAAGGAGAAAACUAUUGAGCCAUGGUUGCUUCACGAUUUCACUGAAGAUUUCUACGGGGAAGAGCUACGUCUUAUAAUUGUUGGCUAUAUACGCCCUGAGGCUAAUUUCACUUCACUGGAAAGCCUAGUCGCAAAGAUUCACGAGGACAGAGAAGUUGCAGAGAGAGCUCUUGAUCUUCCAUCGUAUGCGAAGUUCAAAGGUGAUCCUUAUCUGACAAAAUGAUAAAAUCAUAUAUGUAAAGAAUCAAAAUCCUUGUUUUUCUCACAUUCUUGAAUCUUGAUUUUGAAAUAAGACAUAAAAAUUCAAACCCUCUGAUUUUUUUCAGAAGUCAGAACUCAAAUCAGACUUG